AAAAAUUUAAAGCCAGUAAAACUACUGUUACAAGUCCCCUUGAUUUACUGCCGGACGAAAUUUGGUUAAGAAUUUUUAUUGAACUUCCCGUGUCUACCCUUUGUCGUUAUUCUAUUUCGUUGGAUGAAACGAUAUGGCAACAUCAUAGCGCGGAGUUUUUCGAGCCAGGGCCACUUCCGCCCAGAACCAAGUCUUCGGCAAAUAGUUGGGAAAAAUUCUAUCGAAUUCAAAGAAACUGGAAUCGAGGAACUGCCACCAAAGUUUCAAGCUUUAAAGCACACAAUAAUAAUGUGACUGCCUUAAAAUUACGUGGGAAUAUAUUAGUUACUGGUUCAAGUGAAUACUGUCUCAAAGUUUGGAACAUCAAAACUGGUAAACUUGAUCUUACUAUUGAUUUUGGUGCUGAUAUUUCAUGUGUUGAUUUUCUUGAAGAUAUGGAUGUUGCCGGUGUCCGGCUUCUUGGUCGCAAUACACUCCUUUCUGUUUCAACAAAUGGUACAAUUGAUGUGUUUGAUAUUGCUAUGAAUGAACUCCUUCACCAAUACACUCUUCCAAGCACAUCGAUUAGUACUUGCGCAUUUGAUUAUCAAGGUGAAGGUCGCGAUCUUUUAUGUAUUGCUCCUUCUGGUUCUAUUUUUCACUUAAGAUGGACAGCGAUGUAUUGCAACUCGAAACCAUCUCAAUGUUCGGAAAUUGAGGAGGAUAAAAAAUAUCGUUAUAUUUUUUCUCAAGAUCCUGAAGUUCAUUACAAAAACGAAAAGAUUUCGUAUCGUACGCUCUGCGCAGGAAUGGACGCUAAAUACAAUCAUGGCGUGAUUGGUUCACUUGUUUCUUAUCCGCCUAGGAGUCAUCUUCUUGUUUACAAUUCUCUUAAAGGAUUGAGUAGCAAGGAUGGAAUAUGCGGCCCAAACUCUUUAAACGCGGAGAAUGGUACAUUAGAUUCUACGCCUGAUACUGACAGUCCCGUGUUUAACAUUUUAGGAAUCGAUGAUGAAAGAGUUGUAGCUGGCUGUUGCGACUGA